GUAGUAGGUAUUUCCCUGACCACCAGAAGAAUGGGACCUGGUUGGUUGAAAGUGGAGCGAAGAAAACUAACGGAGACUUGUUUGGAAGCUAGUCUCUGGUGAGAGUGAAGGCGCACCAUCUUCACCUUGAAGUCAACGAUCAUGGCAACCAUUCACCUUUCUUCCGCUACUACGUCUCUCUUCCAAUCCAAACACCGAACGAAACGCAUUCCACGCCUCCCUACAAUCGCCAGAAUAACAAACCACAUCGAAGGAACUCAUCUUAACUCCCCCAACGGCUCUCCCAUCCUUGGCAACGCAAACAAUUCCCUUGAGGUUCCCUCCAAUAACUAUAUCUCGCUACACUCUUCAGACGUGCGUAGGAAAACUAAGAUCGUGUGCACGAUAGGUCCUUCUACGAGCUCACGUGAUAUGAUAUGGAACCUGGCUCAAGCUGGAAUGAACGUGGCGCGUUUGAACAUGUCGCAUGGGGACCACGCCUCGCACCUCCAAACCAUUGAUUUGGUGAAAGAAUACAAUUCUCAGUUUCAAGAUAAGGUUGUAGCCAUCAUGCUCGACACCAAGGGUCCUGAAGUUAGAAGUGGGGAUGUAGCUCAACCUAUUUUACUUAAAGAGGGACAAGAAUUCUGUUUCACCACUAUGAGAGGGGUUAGCACACAUGACACGGUUAGCGUGAACUACGAUGGCUUUGUGAAUGAUGUGGAGGUCGGAGAUGUGUUGCUGGUUGAUGGAGGAAUGAUGUCUCUUGCUGUUAAGUCAAAGACAAAAGACUUGGUUAAAUGUGAAGUUAUUGAUGGUGGUGAACUGAAAUCUAGGCGUCAUUUAAAUGUCCGUGGAAAAAGUGCAACACUUCCUUCCAUAACUGACAAGGACUGGGAAGAUAUCAAGUUUGGGGUGGACAAUCAAGUAGACUUCUUUGCUGUCUCAUUUGUCAAGGAUGCUAGAGUGGUGCACGAGUUAAAACACUACCUCAAAAGUCAUAAUGCCGAUAUACACGUGAUUGUAAAAAUUGAAAGUGCAGAUUCCAUACCAAAUCUCCAUUCGAUACUUUCUGCUUCAGAUGGGGCCAUGGUCGCUCGUGGGGAUCUUGGAGCUGAACUUCCAAUAGAGGAAGUUCCUUUAUUGCAGUUCAUUCCCCCUUUUUUCAUCAAACAGGAAGACAUCAUUCGAAGAUGUCAAAUUAUGCAAAAGCCUGUUAUUGUGGCAACAAAUAUGCUUGAAAGCAUGAUUAAUCAUCCCACACCAACAAGGGCAGAAGUUUCAGACAUCGCAAUUGCAGUAAGACAAGGUGCUGAUGCUAUCAUGCUUUCAGGAGAAACUGCACAUGGAAAAUUUCCAUUGAAAGCUGUUAAAGUUAUGCACAUGGUGGCUCUUAGGAAUGAAUCCAGUGUUCAAAGUGGUGUUUCUUAUCCGAGUCAACUGAGUUCCCAUGAAAGUCAUAUGGGAGAAAUGUUUGCUUUCCAUGCGACAACAAUGUCUAACACUCUUAAUACUCCUAUUAUUGUUUUCACCAGAACAGGAUCCAUGGCAAUUCUUUUGAGCCAUUAUAGGCCUUACUCAACAAUCUUUGCAUUCACAAAUGAAGCAAGAAUUAAGCGGAGGUUGGCGCUUUAUCAUGGGGUUAUGUCCAUAUACAUGCAAUUUUCAAAUGAUGCAGAAGAGACCUUCUCUAGAGCCCUCAAGCUACUAUUGAGUAAGAGUCAUUUACACGAGGGACAACAUGUCACACUUGUUCAAAGUGGAGCACAACCAAUCUGGCGUGAGGAAUCCACUCACCACAUACAAGUUCGCAAGGUUCAUGGAUAAAAUUCUAUGAAGGAUCUUUGUUCCUCAUAAGUGUACAGUUUUUUUCCCCACUAUCUUGUAACUAUUCAUAGUAAUGGCUAUUCACUAUCUUGUAACUAUUCAUAGUUAUGACUAUUAUGCACUUGAAACACCAAAGUUGGAUAGUAAAGGAAUUUUCAUAAUGCAAAUAGUGAUUUAUUGAUAAGGAAUUGCCAUAGCCUC